AUGGCGUUCUUCAAACAGACAUGGACGUUGACGCGCAAGAACCUCUUGAUUGCCUUCAAUCGCAGCCCCCGCAGCUCGAUAUUCCGCGCCUUUCUCCUGCCCGUCUUCUUGAUUGCCUUCCUCAGCUUUGCGCGGAAUCUCUUCGUGUCGCCCUCGAGCUACGGCAUCGGAACGGCCAACCCCAUCCGAACUCUGGCAGAGGGCAUCAAUGCCGCGGGCGGCGGGCGCAACACACUCGCCCUGGUGAACAACGGGCUCGUCGGCGGGGAUGUCGCACGGGUGAUAGACGCGCUGGCAGUGGCGGCGACGGCCGCGGGAGCAACGGUCGCCCGACUGACAACCGAUACGGAACUGUUGGAGACGUGUCGGAGCAGCUUGCGCGGCGCAACCUCCUGCUAUGGAGCCGUGGUCUUUAUCUCCUCGCCGACCGAGGGUCCUGGUGGACGCUGGAACUAUACGCUGCGGGCCGAUGGCGCGCUCGGAGACGAAUUCUACUACGACCGCACCACGAACGAUGCCCAGAUCUACCUCCUGCCCCUCCAACGCGCUGUUGACACGGCCAUUGCUGGGCUGGCAGAUACGACCACCGCUCAAGCGGCUCUUCCGGCCACGGGGCUGGAAUACCCAUAUACCAGCCUCACGGAGGAUCAGCGAGAGACCAAGAUCCGGGUCGAUUUCCAGGCAUCCAUCAUCAACGCUCUGGCCGUGGCCUUCCUGAUCGGCAUGGUGGGCAUCACGUAUCACUUGACAGGCUUCAUCGCCUCGGAGCGAGAGUUGGGCAUGUCCCAGCUGAUUGAAGCCAUGAUGCCGAAUCUACGCAGAUGGCAGCCGCAAGCCGCCCGCUUCGUUUCCUAUCAUCUGGCCUUCGAUAUCAUCUAUCUCCCGGGCUGGAUCAUCUUGUCCAUCAUCCUCAGUAUUGGCCUCUUCGCCGAGACCUCCGUGAUCAUCCUCGUCAUCUACCACAUCCUCGCGGGCUUGUCCCUCGCCUCGUUCUCGAUCCUCGGUGCAUCGUUCUUCAAGAAAGCUCAGUUGAGCGGCUUCUCGGUGACUCUGGCCACGCUCAUGCUCGGUGUUCUUGGGCAGGUCUUCAAGCCCACGAGCUCGGUACCGGUUGCGAUCCUAGGUCUUCUCUUCGCACCCUGUAAUUAUGUCUUCUUCUUGGUGUUCAUGGCACGCUUUGAGCGACAGGAGAUGGCCACCGAUCUGCUCAGCGCAGCACCCAGGAAUCCCUGGUCAUUGCCGGGAAUAGUCCUCUGGGUGUUUCUCAUCAUCCAGAUCUUCGCGUACCCCAUUCUGGGAGCAAUGGUGGAGAGGGCGCUGUAUGGCACCACGUCCAAGGGCCGGACAGUCACGGGUCAAAAUCUGGAGACGGAAGCCGACGAUUCAUCGUCCGAGACGGUUCAGCUGCAGGGCUUCACAAAGCACUACCAACCCAGCUGGUUGAGUCGGAAGUUCGCUGGCAUUACCAAGAAUCCGACAGCAACGGUCGUUGCCGUGAAUGACCUGACGUUGAGUGCGAGGAAGGGCCAGAUCUGCGUUCUGCUUGGAGCAAACGGGAGUGGCAAGAGUACCACCCUCGAUGCCAUCGCUGGCCUGAACCAAGUUACCAGCGGCACGAUCAAGGUUGACGGCACCGGGGGAAUCGGAUAUGCGCCGCAGAAGAACGUUCUCUGGGAUGACUUGACGGUGGAGGAACACAUCCGCAUCUUCAAUCGGCUCAAGUCUGCUGGCAAGCACGAUUCCAAGGACUCCCUCCGCAGCCUCAUUAGCGCCAUCGACCUGGACAAGAAGAUCAAUUCACGAUCAAAGACACUCAGUGGGGGUCAGAAGCGGAAGCUCCAGCUGGGCAUGAUGUUUACCGGAGGAAGCGCCGUCUGCUGUGUGGACGAAGUGAGCAGCGGUUUGGACCCUCUCAGUCGUCGGAAGAUUUGGGACAUCCUUCUAGCCGAGAGAGGCUCACGAUCCAUCAUUCUCACCACUCACUUCCUUGACGAGGCGGAUUUACUCGCGGACCAAAUCGCGAUUCUUUCCAAAGGCACCCUACGGGCCCAAGGGUCUUCGGUAGAGCUCAAGAAUCAAUACGGGGGUGGCUACCGAAUCUACCUCCCGGCUGGAUCAGGGCACGAGCAGGUACCAGCAAUGGAAGGCGUUGCUUCUCGCGAGGUUUUUGGCCAGAUGGUCUACUCGGCGCCGACAUCAUCCCAAGCUGCCCAGAUCAUCCGACGACUAGAGUCCGGAGGUGUGACGGACUACCAGCUCUCCGGACCCACCAUCGAAGAUGUUUUCCUCCUGCUGGCUGAAGAGGCGCGCGCCGAAAGUACCGGCCUUCUCGAAAAGGAGACGGACUCUGAAUCCGAGAAGAAGAUCGGAACGACAACAAAGGCCACCGCAGAGCCAUCCCGAAAGCUCGAGCUGCAUACCGGCAAGACCAUCGGACUCUCCCAGCAAGUCUGGGUCCUGUUUAGGAAACGAUAUACGAUCCUCCGCCGCAACUAUCUGCCCUACGUGGCUGCUCUACUCCUCUCCGUGAUUGCUGCUGCUCUGGUCACGCUGCUUUUGGAUGACUUCGAGGCAGUCGGCUGCUCGCCAGAAGCAGGUGUGACAAUUUCCGACGUCGAGUCUCUGGCCGGCCAGUCGCGGUACUCCUUGGUCGUUGGCCCUUCGUCGAGAUUCACGAAUGCUACGCUCACGUCGCUAUAUGCACCUCUUGUCCCUUCACAACAGCAAAUUCAACUGGUCGACUCUCUGGCGGAGUUCAACGCUUACAUCGGUCAAAACUUUGCAAACGUGACCCCGGGCGGAUUCUUCAUCGACGGAUCACAGACCACUCUCGCUUACAAGGGCAAUGGAGAUUUCUAUACUUCCAUCUUUGCGCAAAACCUCAUGGAUGUGGCGCUCAGUAACACGACUAUCGGUAUUCAAUACGCACCAUUUGACCUCCCCUUGGCGGAUAAUACGGGGAAGGCCUUGCAGCUUGUCAUCUACUUCGGCCUCGCCAUGGCCGCAUACCCUGCGUUCUUCUCGCUGUAUCCGACCAUCGAGAGGACGAUGCACAUCCGUGGUCUCCAGUACUCGAAUGGCGUGAGGCCUCUACCCCUCUGGCUCGCAUACCUGGCCUUCGAUUUCUUGUUCGUGCUUUUGUCGAGUGCAUUGACGGUCAUUAUAUUUGCAGCAGCAUCUUCGGCGUGGUACUAUGUGGGAUACCUGUUCGUGGUCUUCAUGCUCUUUGGGCUGGUAUCUACACUGCUGUCGUACGUGGUUUCGCUGUUUGCGAAAUCACAACUUUCUGCCUUCGCCUUUGUUGCUGCCGGUCAAGCUUUAAUGUUUCUAAUAUAUUUCAUUGCCUACCUGGCCACCCUGACAUAUGCCCCGCUCCACAAAGUGGACGACUACCUUCGCGUCGUCCACUUCGCCAUCGCUGUCAUUACGCCCAUGGGAAGCUUGAUCCGUUCCUUGUUCCUCGCGCUCAAUAUCUUCUCCACUACUUGCUCAGGCCGAAAUCUUGCUUCAUACCCGGGGGGCAUCCUCCAGUAUGGUGGACCCAUUCUCUACCUAGUCCUUCAAGCCUUUGCGCUCUUUGCUUGUCUCAUGUGGCAUGACUCUGGAUCCGUCAUGGCCUGGUAUCGCCGCCUUCGAAAGUCAACAGUCAAGCCCGAUCGAGAGGAUCUCCCAACAGACGAGGAGCCGGCCGAAGAGCUGGAUCGUGUCAGCGGCUCGGAGGAUGGGCUCCGUGUACAGCAUCUCACCAAGUCUUUUGGUCCCCUCACCGCUGUCGACAAUCUCUCAUUCGGUAUCAAGCGCAGCGAGGUGUUCGCUCUACUGGGCCCCAACGGUGCUGGGAAGUCCACCACCAUCUCCCUCAUCCGUGGAGACAUCCGGCCGUCUAAGAAUGGAGGGAACAUCUUCGUUGAGAAUGUUGAGAUUAACCAAAAUCGUGCCGAGGCAAGAUCUCACCUCGGUGUCUGUCCGCAACACGAUGCCAUAGAUCAGAUGACUGUUGUCGAGCACCUUCGCUUCUACGCUCGCGUUCGUGGUGUCCCUGACGUUGAACACAAUGUGCGCGAGGUCAUCAGAGCCGUCGGACUCGAUGCAUUUACUUCACGGAUGGCCGCGGACCUGUCCGGUGGAAACAAGAGGAAGUUGUCCUUAGGUAUCGCGUUGAUUGGCAACCCCACCGUACUGCUUCUCGACGAGCCCAGUUCGGGGAUGGACGCGGCAUCCAAGAGAAUCAUGUGGAAGACGUUAGCUGCCAUUGUUCCCGGGCGCUCGCUCCUCCUCACGACUCACAGCAUGGAGGAGGCAGAUGCCCUCGCCAACCGAGCCGGGAUCAUGGCGAAGCGUAUGCUGGCGAUGGGCUCCAGCGACUACCUCCGCCACAAACACGCCGACGCUCACUACAUCCAUCUCGUCCUGAAGUCCGCGCCCCAUACGUCCCCCGAAGAGGUUUCCAGCGUCCGGUCCUGGAUCCUCCACGAGUUCCCCGGCGCCGACAUCGAAGAGCAUACCUACCACGGCCAGAUCCGCUUCUCCGUCCCUGUCCAGCGACCGGACGCCGGCAAUGUCGACGUGGAUGAAAUUCAGGGCGAGGUGGGCCCGAAUGGCGUCGGGGCGCUGAUCAUGACCCUCGAGGAUCAGCGUGAGAAGUUGGGCUUGGAGCACUACUCUGUCAGUCCCACCACGCUGGAUGAGGUGUUCUUGACAAUCGUGCAGAAGCACAAGGUGGAGGAAGAGGGAUAUUCUGCGGGAGAGAAGACGAAGAAGCCGAAGUGGAAUUUGUUUAGCAGGUGGAUGAAAAAGUAG